UAUAUUAAAUGUUUUAUCGUUUUGAAUUAUUUAAACUUUAUUGAAAGAGGGAGCAAAGAAAUCGCAGCUCAAAGUCAGCGCCGUCGGUGCGCGCGCGUGACUGGACUUCAAUGUGGAGGAACAGGAAGCGGCGAGUUUGGACUUCAGCUGGAGCAGCAGGCUCAACGUUCAGAGGUGCUGCAGCAGAUUCGGCAUGAAUGUGGAUGAAAGAAGAAGAGUAGAAACCUCUGUAACGUUGUGACUAUUGGACAAAUAUCGUGCCGGGGUUUUGGCAUCGAUGGCGACCUGUUUGCUACCCGCUCUGCUGGAAGCUUGUGUGGUGGUGGGAGCAUCUGUUGACAAACUCCAGGAAGUCCGUCAGGCCAUCAUCAGCGGGGAAACUUCAGAGCCCCUCCUCCUGGAUCCAGAAGUCCUCCAUGUGGUGGCUCCUCCGUUUGUAACCAGAACUCAGCCUGAAACUCUGAAGUCCCGCGUAAAGCGGCGGCGCUCGUUUCUCAGGAAAAAGCGCGAUCGCCUGUCUUCAGCUGCAGCAACAUCCAAUCAAGGUGAAGGUGUGCUGGAGGAAAGAGGAGAAAGAGGUGAAAACGGCAGCAUCCUGAAAGACAUGGACCUGGUGGCUUUGCCUCAGCUCUGCUUCCCUGUAGGGGGCCUGCAAGUGACCACUGAACAGAAAAAAGAGCAGUUCCACUUCCUCAUUUUCACCGACAUGUUCGGCAACAAGACUUACGGAGUGGUUCUGCAGUAUUAUCGUCCAGUACUGGAUGGAGCCUCUUUUCAUCAGAGUGGAACUGGAACCUCUGAAGUUUUGAACCUUUUCUCGGCCUAUAGCGUCUGUAUUAUGUCAAAGCAUCCUUACUUCUUUGCCCUCAAAGACUGCCUGUCAUGUCUUUUAAUUCAGCUUAGAAGUUGUCGAUUGUCAGACGUGAAUGAGAAAGUGAAGGACUUUGCAGCUAAGCUGUCACUGGUGCCGAUUCCGCCUCCUGGACAUCUUCAUUUGAUGUUUACAUUAGGUCCACUGACCAUCACCUUACCAUCCAGGCUGGGUAAUGACAAGACGGUGAUAGAUUUAGAUCUUCAUCUGUCUUUCCUUUGCUUCAGGCCACAAAAACUUCUGCAGGUGCUGUCGUGUCUCCUGCUGGAGCAGCAGUUGGUGUUUUUUUCGGCAGAUUUCGCCAAACUGACUCUGAUUUCUGAGAGUGUGUUGAUUUUUGUGAAGCCUCUGUCUUGGCAGCAUCCGUACGUCCCGGUCUUGGCCAGAGGCAUGCUGGACUUUGUCAUGGCUCCAACUGCCUUUCUUAUGGGGUGUCAUCUUAGCCAUUUUGCUGAAGUCGCUGCUGAAACCAGUGAUUUAGUCUUGGUUAACCUCGAUGACGGAAGCAUUUGCACAUCUUCCUCUGACUCUGUGGACCUGCCUGACAUUCCUCCAGCUGCUGCAGACUGCUUUAUACAGGGGUGUCAGUCACUGCAGAUGAACUUUGACUUGGACCAGUGUUGCCGUGGUAGCAGCACGGACAUCAAUGAGCAGCGUGACCAGAGAAGAGCGUGGCAGCGCCGCCUGAAUGAUGACAUCCAGAGGCUUGCACUGGAACUGAUCGUCAAUAUAUUCAGGGAUGUUAUUUAUCAUCUCAAUUAUGAGCAUCGAGUUUUUCACAGUGAAGAGUUUUUAAAAACACGAGAGCCGUCCGAGAAACCUUUUUACAAAAAAGUGCUGGAGACUCACAUCUUCCACUCCUUCCUCAAAGAUCGUCUCAACAAGAAAGCAGAUCCUUUCGCUCGAAUGGAACUUGACACCCGUUCUGAGAUGCAAAAAAAGAAGAUGAUGCUGGAGAUUCCCAGCAGACUCACCAUGCAGGAGAUCCAGGCCAGGAGAACCAGCUCCAUCACUGAGAACAGGCUGAGUAGGAGACUCGGGAAGAGUCUUCCAAACCUGCAGGACAAUCCAACAAUUGGCUGUCAAAAAAACUCGCUGCUCACCAGGACAGUGUUUUCCGACACGGCACUGAAAGCUCCAGCUAAGCCUGUAAAGGUUUUUGGACUUCCAGAGUUCCCAGCUUCUCUGUCUUUACACUCUGUCCAAAGUUACUACAGCGAGCUGCUGCAUCAACUUGGAAAAGCCAUCACCUCUGUUCAAAAUGAGGACUCUGCUCUACUAGCCAGGUUUUAUUAUUUACGUGGUUUCAUCAACAUGCUGUGUUCAAGGCGGCUUGACGCGCUUAGUGAUUUCCAGAAUCUCUACAAGACCGAUACCGCAAUCCUGCCCGCACAGUUGGUCCUGUGGCUUGUAGCAUCCCUCCAUCGAGAUGAGAGACAACAAGCCCAGAGACGGCCGGAACUCAAGAGGCUCAUCAUCAAGGUAAAGAUGGACAAUGAGAAGCCUCUGAUCCAGACUAAUGAUCACGUCAAGAAGUUUGAACUUCCUCGCCAUCACCUGCACGAAGAUGCGUUUGUGACAUGCGUUCAGGAAUGUGGAAUUGUUAAAGACGUGGCGACCAUGCGGCGUUUAUUUGAGGCUCUCGCAGACGGUCCAGUAAAACAGGUGGACCCUGAACUCUUCAGAGUCUUCUACACCUUCUGGAAGGAGAUGGAAGCUGAAGCACGAGAUGUCCAUCUGCCCUCUGAGGUCAUUGAGCAGCUCGACAGCAGUGAAUGUGUGUAUAAGCUAUCAGCCCGGGUGAAAACCUCCCAUGGCGUUGGGAAAAUCGCCAUGACACAAAAGCGGCUGUUUUUGCUCACUGAUGGACCUGCGGGCUUCCUGGAAAUCACAAAGUUUCGAGACAUAAAGGAGGUGAAGAUUACAUCAGCUCCUUUUCUCAUUCGCAUUCCUUCCCUUCGCAUCUACACCUGCAGCAAGCCGGAGGUGUUUGAGGCCAACCUGAAGACAGACACUGAACUCUGGAACCUCAUUGUUAAAGAGAUGUGGGCUGGACGCAAAAUCGCAGACCAACACAAAGAUCCUCAGUACAUAACCCAGGCUCUGACCAACGUCCUGUUGAUGGAUGCUGUCAUGGGCUGCCUCCAAACUCAGAGGUCCAUCUCUGCUGCUGCAAAGCUGGCUUACUUUGAUCGAAUCAAGCAUGAAGUGCCUAUGAUGGUGCCCCGAAUCACUGCAGAGACCCUAAAGCACAAGAUCAACCCAUCUGUGGACCUGGCAGAACCUCAGACUGUCCAUGUUCUGCUGUACACACCAGGUCAGCUGACCUGUAAGGACUCGCAGUGGGAGAUGAACCCGAAGCUGUGGGUGGCCCUCAGUGGGGGCAAAAUAGUUGUUUUUGACGCAGCAAGCUGGUCCUUAUUACAGGACUGCAUUCAGGUUGGAGAGUCACAAGUGACUUGCAUGAUGGGACUAGUGCACGAGCAAGUGUGGAUGGGCUCACAGGACUCCGUCAUCUACAUCUUGGACACCAACACCAUGACCUGCAACAAACAGCUGACUGAACACAGGAGCGAAUUGACGGGCCUCUCAGUGGACACCAGGCAUCCACACAACAGUCAGUAUGCGUACUCCUGCAGCAGCGACGGGACCAUCUUACAGUGGAACUCUGCAGGUCUUACAGUCAAGAAACAGUUCCACCUCACCUGUGACCGACUCUCCUCCAUUCAGAUUCAUGACGGUGUGCUGUGGUGUUGUUGUUCAGGCUGUAUUGUUGAACUGAAAAAGAGCGGUACGCCACACAGAAGGUUCGCACUUCCUGUAGACCUACAGAGCAUGCCCAGUAGCUUUAGCUGUUUCAUCGUCAUCCCAGAGCGAGGGCAGUUGUGGACAGGCUGUCCUGACUCAGCAGACUUGUUUCUCUGGCACAUUAACAACCCCAAACAUCCACUCAAAAGCAUCUCUCUGCCGGGAAUUUCAGGAAUCACUUGUAUGAUUCAAGUGAAAAACCAGAUCUGGGUGGGCUGCCGAGGACGGCACGGCGUUGGAGGUCAGUGUGAUGGUCAGCUGAGAAGUCAGGUAUUGGUGGUGGACCUCGAGAGCUUCACGGUUACCAAAGAGCUUCAAGCUCAUUCAGACAGCAUUCAGACACUCUGCUCUGCUGAGAAUCGCUACGUCCUGAGCGGCUCUGCAAGACGGGACGGCAAGAUUGCCAUCUGGAACGUCGAGUGAAAAAUGUUUCAUAUUAUUAAUAAAAACCAGCAAGGUUUGUGAAAAUAUUGUUUUUUAAUGUGUUGAAUACGAGAAAAAACCCUCAAAAAUCCAGUUUUUAAAAAACAAGCAAUACAAAAAAAUCUCUGUUGAUUCAAUUGAAAAAAACGUUAGAACAAACCAAUAAAUAUCGAUUGUGCUUAUUUUAUGCCAUCUAAAUAAUGAUGCACUUCCUAUUUGCUUUGUUUUAAUGUGAUCUGUUAAAUUGUUCAGAAGAAUGAAAAUGUCCUUUUUGUUAGUAAAAUUUUGAAUAAACUUUUGAAGACAAAAAA